GAAUAAACAGGAAGUAUUGCACAACAAACUAUUUUACACGGACCUUUUAAGCAUAGGUCCGUGACUUUAAUAACAACGUUGUUUUUAUUACAACAUGCCUGCUAAUUUGAAUACUAAAAGUCUUAAGCAGUUUUGUUUACGUAAGAUUGCUUUGUGUUUCGAUUCGUUUUGGAUGAAAAGCUUCAACGAACAGUUUAAGGAUGUGCCAAGGAUUUUGUACGUCAUAGGACCGUUUGAUCAUAUGACCAAUGAGACUGUGCAGGACUUGAUUAACAGCCUGAUUGAUGUGAAUCGUCUGAAGGCUGUUCACUUUCAGCUGCUCCUGCAAGAGAGCGUGGUCAGACUGGACCUCAGUAAAGCCCCAAAACCAGCAGUGUCAGACUCAGUCUUAAAAGUUAUCGCACUCAGAUGUCCGAGGCUGAGGUACCUCGACCUCUCCCGCAGUGCUGUUUCACCCCGUUCACUGAGCGACCUUUUGAAGCAACUACCAGAAUUGCAACAUCUGGACCUGUCUUUCACCAAAUGCAAUGACCAAAUGCUUUCUCUCUUAGGACACUACUGCCCAAAACUACAUCGCUUGCAGCUUGCAAACACACCAGUUACAGAUUGUGGAAUGUUCAGCCUCUGUCGAGCUCCUUCAGCUGAGAUUGGCUGUAAGAAGCUGGUGCACAUUGACAUCUUGGACACGUCUGUGAAACAGAACGGAGUAGCCCAUUGCCUCUACAAUCUUCCAAAUUUACAUUACCUGAGACAUCAUAAUAUUAUUGGUGCCAUACAGGCCGAUAUGGACAUGAAAAUAGAGAGCGGGGAAGAUAUCACACCUUAUAAACUUAAGCAAAUAACCGCUACAGGUGAUGUUUCAAACAUUCGAAGGGAAGUGUGGAGUUCUUUCCCAAAUGUUGUGGAACUAAGUUUGAUUGCAGACUUCAAAGCUGUGGACAUGACAGCGAUUGGAUCGUUGAAACAUUUGAAAGUUUUGACACUGGAAUAUAAGAUCUUCGGCAGAGGCGCCCCCGACACAGGCUUAACCGUAGCAGAAACAGUUACGCAGCUAUUUGCAAAGAUCGGAAAACAGCUUGAGAAACUCAGUCUUCUUGCUUUUUUUCCAAGAGACUUUUUCCCUUUACGGCCAUACUGUACGAAAUUAAAAGAAUUAUAUAUAUGGUAUUUUGAAGAUGAUGAAAGGCUCGAGGGCCUUCAAGAAAACAGAUUAUGCUAUGGGAAUUUAAUCAAAUGUGAAGCAUAUUGUGGAGAAUUAAGGAAUUGCUGUUUGAAACAGACUGGAUUACUAGCUAUUCUGAAAGGCGCACCGAAUUUGGAGACGCUGUCUAUUGACAACCUGGAUGAAAUGGAAAACGAUGAAUUGCUCGAAAUAUACUCAGUAAAUCCCUUGAAGCGCAUUAAGAAUAUCAGAUUUAAAGGUUGUAAUGAUAUAGACACAGAUGUAUUAUAUCCAUUGUUAGAUGGUGAAAAUGACUUACAAAACCUUGAUCUAACGGGAUGCAAUGACAUUUCAAAAAGAAACAUUAAGGAUUUGCUAGACUAUGCGAAACAAAAUCACCUUAAUAUUAGCAUUACGUGGUCAUAGAACAAAACACUUCUAGAAUGCCAUUCAUUCAGUCCUUUUGGGUCAGGUCAUUUGACCGUGAUUUUUGGGGUCAUCUGACUAUUUGCGGUGUAUAUUAAAGGGACUGUACUCCGUAUGGUGAAAUAGCAACAAAAAAAUAAAAUCCUUGAAAACUGA